AUGCCGGCGUAUGAACGUGCGCCAACAAAGGACAGCGGAUGUCGCCGUUCAGACACCAAUCUGAUGAUGACAGGUGACAGUAGAGGUCCAGGGACUUCAACGCUCCUCCACUUUGACAAGCAUGGGUCUAUCCUUCCUGAGUCAGCCUGUAAACCCCCUCGCCACGUGCAACUGGAACGUCGUACUUUCGCCAGUUUUCUCAUUCGGUAUUCCUCAUGGGAAGAGCGGAGGCGGGCUGCCAUACAGGGGGUGCUGAACAGUCGCAACUAUCGCGACCUAGCCUGUACACACCAUGAUGCGAAUGUCAGAAACUACUUUCAUUCGACCACCAAAAAGUCCGCGGUCUUCUCUGGUGCCAACGUCGUGUGUUUCAUGAUCAAUGAACGUGUGGCGAUGCUCUUGCACUAUUGUCACCAAUCUUCCAUUCAGCCUGUCCACACAAACGACGGUCGAACCCAGCUGUUUAAGCAUCAGCCUUCUGCAACGUACUCCAUGCCUCCUGAACUAAACGUCGCAGGCUUGGCCCGGACAACGCGCAAGACUAUAGAGCGUCUAGCACCGUUUUCUCAGAUGCGACUGCCCUCGUCAUCGUCCGACUCCGAGGCACCUGCAGCAGCAGCAGCAAUCACGUCCAAAAUUUCUUCCAAGAUUCUAGCCUAUAUCGAAAUCUUAGACUCAAGCAUGCUCGCCGCACAAAUUGCGUUCCACCUCGCCAGUGAGGGCCUGGUACUUUCCACGUCUCCCCAGGACCAAGAGUGGGAAGUCGACUCUGAGGGGACAAUUGAGCGUAUGCGUGCCAAAGCUGAGCGAGGGCUAGAGGAAGCGCGGAAAGUAGAGAGAGUGACGAGAGAUGUGCCACAAGAAUUCUACAAGAUUGCUGCUCUUACUAAAGAUAAAACUACUAUUGUCCUCUUGCCACCCGACCCCGUACAUCCGAGCGUCGGAGACCGCGGCAUGGUGGUCGUGGGUCCGAGACGACCUCCUUUCAAGCAACUCCGUCCUUCUCUCUUCCCCUUCAACGCAAUGGAAACCCAUCAAAAAUGA